UUGGGCCGCUUCGCGACGGGCGCGGCGGGGGAGGGUGGGUUUGGCGUCCCUGAGGGGGACGAGGGGAGAGAGUUAACGGCGGCGGCGGGGGCGUUUGCGGGGGAUUGGGGGGCGGAAACGGACGGCGUUUUGCAGGAACGCUUCCUUUUUUUCUUGGCAACGACGGUCGUAAACCCGUCGUUGCUUUCGCCCUCGGGGCCAGGCCGGGAGCCGGACUCCGAGGCAGAGGCCUCGGCCGAUGAGCACUCCAUGAGGGUGUUGGGGAGCAAGGAAUCUGAGAUGAAUCUCAGAACGAGCUCGGGGGCCUUCUUCUGUAAUAUAUAA